GUGCCAACUUGUUCCUCAGCCAGCAUCCAUAUGCUCGUGCUUAACAAGCUGUGCUUCGUGCUCUCCGCCUCCUCGCGGUUGUCAGGGAAGCGAGCCGUCGCAAAGACCGCCGCAGCAGCAGCGGCGGGAUCCUUCUCACCAACCUGCUGCAGGAUGUCGUCGUCUGAUCCAGCUUCAGCGGCGGCAGCAGCCGAGUGGCCGAACCCCGCCGCGUUCAAUGCCCUGUCCCACAGCAGCCGCAGCAAGAUCUACUGCGACUACGGGGACGAGGGGAGCAUGACCUGGAAGCCCCACGAGGAACCCCCCAAGCACCCCCUGCCGCCGUUCACUGCGGAGACCGCUCUGAAGAAGACCAAAGCAGCGGAGGCGGCGUGGAACACCCGAGACCCGGCGAAGGUCGCCGCUGCUUACAGCCCGGACACUGUCUGGAGAAACAGGGACGAGAUAUUCGCAGGGAGGGAGGAAGUCCAAGCCUUCCUGACACGCAAGUGGAGCAAGGAGCAGGGGUACCGCCUCAAGAAGCACCUCUGGUCGUUCGAGGGAAACCGCAUCAGCGCUCGUUUCGAGUACGAGUGGUACGACGAGAAGGGUCAGUGGUACCGGACGCACGGCAACGAGCACUGGGAGUUCGACGACCUCGGGUACAUGCGCUGGAGAGACAUGAGCGCGAACGACAUCCCUAUCGACGAGAACGAGAGGAGGCUGACGACGUAGACUACAGAAAGACCGCGCCCGCUCUUGAGAACCUCUAUUAUUAUUAUUAUUAUCGUGUUGCCAGUGGGGCUCUUAGUUCCUAGUGUUUUGCUACGAAUGGUCACUACAACAGAACAACUGUUGAACAUUGGUUUUAGUGUAAGGGGUUCUCAACCGAGCUCGCAAAUGGUGCCCAAGUUCUUGAUUUGGUUUGUUGUAGAUUGAUCAUGAUCAUCCAGGUUCUUACCUUCAGGCGCGUUCUGUAGUAGUAGUACUCUUUUUUCUUUUUUCCACAUUUCUCGGUCCCUCGCACCCUCCCUCAUCACGUCGCCAAUAAUAAUAGAGACAGUCAAGAUGACAACAAGUCAGAGAGAGCGAGAGGUGGGGGGAGGGGCAACGUCGUCUCCGUGGUGGAGAGCAAAUGAUCUAAUAGAUAUAAUAGAGAGGACGUAACGCACCACCACACCAUGUUGCUGUGUCCUCCAGCAUUCACUUUGGUUUUCGGCUUGGUUGAGUUUUUCAAAGUUUGUUUUUUGGGCAAGAGACGUAAUCGACGGACACACAGGUCCUCGUUCCGUACGGAGGACUGUAGAAAAAAGUCAGGCUGUUCUUCUUUGCCCGCGCUGUUUCGAGAGGACCACAAACAACAUAGAGAGGGAGAGGCAAGCCCGGCAGGGCCCCACUCGGUUUGUUGGGGGGAGGGGGGAAAGGAGAAGGACUUGAUUAUUUCCAAUGCUUCCUUUUGUGCUCCUCCUCCUCGAUCGGAGGAGAAGUUGGACCCUUGUACAAAGCAACACUAGUUUAUUUUGAAGUAUAUACAAGGGUCUGGCGGCUUUCGCCGCCCCGCUCAAUAGAUCGGUUCCAAGAUACGCGAUAAUAAGUGGUACUCAACAUUCAAUUGUGCCAGUACACGUAAAAGCAUUU